GAACUGUUUUCUUUUCAGCUGUUGUUUGGGGAAGAAAUUUGCUGCUGUACCGAAAGAGCCACAUUGAGGUCAAACCUUCCAAAUGUUCAUGUAAAAUGUCUAGUUUUUCAAGAUCUGCUCAGCAAUGGGCGACUUUCGCAAGAUCGUGGUUACUUAUAGACGCAAGGCUACAACCUCCAGGGAAGAUUUCCACUAUGUGUGCAGUGAGACUUCAAGGAAAACAUAAACCCAUUUACCAUCCACUGAGUGAUAUUGGAGAUCAUGUGGUGGUCAUGAACACUAGACACAUCGCCUUCUCUGGAAACAAAUGGGAACAGAAAGUGUAUUCGUCUCACACCGGUUAUCCGGGAGGUUUUAAACAACUCACUGCAGCCCAAAUGCACAGAAAAGACUCUACAGCUAUCAUUAAACUGGCAGUUUACGGCAUGCUCCCCAGAAACCUCACCAGAAGGACCAUGAUGCAACGGCUUCACCUCUUCCCAGAUGAUGUGAUUCCUGAGGAUAUUUUGAAGAACCUGACAGAGGAACUUCCGCAACCCAGAAAGAUUCCUCGCAAGCUCAGCGAGUACACGCAGGAGGAGAGAGAUGCGUUCCCCUUGCUGUGGAACCCGCCAGAAGACUUCAGGAUGAAAUGAGCGUCAUCGUGCGGUUUUGGGGAAUCUUGCGUCUCAGUCUGUUCAACUGUUGGAAAUGUUUCUUUUGUAUUAAUGUCUGUGUAAAAUAAAUUAUCUCAAUGUGUAAAAAUAAA